AUCAUCCAACAAUAGUAUUUUCUUCCAAUACUUUCUCCCUUGUUUUCUCAUAUGGUUACAUAUUUUGAAACAGAAUAGAGGGAGGGUAAGUGUUUUAUUUAUUUGCCCUUCAACUUUGCUAGUUAUCUAAAUAAAAAAUAUCGAUGAAAAUUACAAAAUUACUUUUCACUAUUAGAUUUUGAAUUCCUUUCAUACGUGGACAAAAUUUGGGAUUUAAAAUGGUGUGUUAACAGAUCGUUUGAGUUCAUCUCACGUUAAAACAUGAAGGAUAAUAUUGUCUUAAAUCACUGAUCGACCUAAAAAUCUAAACUAUUAAAAGAAUAUUAUAACAACAAAAGAAGUGAGAUGCACAAAGAUAACGGUCUUUAGUAUUUUUCUUAUGAUUUUUUUUUGGAAUAAAGGACAAAAGUGACCUUUUUUUACAUAUAAAGAAACAACAAAAUGCCAAUAUUAUUUGAUAAAAUAAAAAGAAUAAAGAAAAGUAUUUUUGUUGAUUGUUCAUGAUGAUGAUGUGUUGUUAAUGUGAAUGAAAGUGAAGUUCGCCAUUGGAAGCGCUCUCCGUUUUUACACUUUACUUCUUGCUUUAGACUCGCUAAAUUAAAUCUUCUAUUCACACAUUCUUACGAUCAUCCAGGAAUUAUGAUAUUUUAUCUAAAUCUCUGUCAUCUUCUUACAAUUUCCUCCUUUUCCCUUCAUAACCUCUUCUUACAUUGCCUAUUUCUCUUCAUGUUUUGUUCUUUCUCUUCUUCUUCUUCUUCUCAUCACCAUCCAUGGCAACCAUGAAAUUAGGCAUUAAACCCGAAGCAUUUCAUCGCGAAGGCCAAACUUGGCUUUGCUCAAGUGGGUUACCUAGCGAUGUUACAAUUGAAGUUGGAGAUAUGUCUUUUCAUCUUCACAAGUUUCCUUUGCUCUCUAAAAGUGGGUUUCUAGAGAAGCUUAUAGAACAGCUUCCUAAUGAGGAUGAAUCUGGCUGUGUUCUGAAGCUUCAUGAUAUUCCUGGUGGUGCCAAAGCAUUUGAACUUGUUGCUAAAUUUUGCUAUGAUGUUAAAAUAGAGCUUACUUCUUUGAAUAUAGUUAGCCUUAGAUGUGCAGCUGAAUACCUCCAAAUGACUGAAGAGCAUGGAGAAGGGAAUUUGAUUUCUCAAACAGAGGUUUUCCUCAACGAGGUCUUUGGUAAUUGGACAGAUACAAUUAAAGCUCUUGAAACUUGUGAAGAAGUUGGAUCAUAUGCAGAAGAGGUUCACAUUGUUUCAAGAUGUAUUGAUUCAUUGGCUAUCAAAGCUUGUGCUGACCCACAGUUGUUCAAUUGGCCGGUGAAGGGGCAGGAGAAUGUCCGAAGCCCCAAUGGGACUGUUCUAUGGAAUGGGAUUUCUUCAACCACAAAGCCCCAACCUACCGGUGAAGAUUGGUGGUAUGAGGACGUGUCAUUUCUUAGAUUUCCCUUGUACAAGCUUUUAAUUUUGUCUGUCGAAGCUAAAGGAUUGAAAUCUGAGAAUAUAGCUGCAUCAUUAAUACACUAUGCUAAGAAGAAUAUCCCCUUAAUCAACAAUCAAUCGAGUUUCAAUGAUAUGAAUCAUGUUGCGUCAGGAAUCACAGCUUCUACAAAUUCUGAGGUAGAUCAACGACUCCUACUUGAGGAGCUUGUGGGCUUACUACCGAGUGCAAAGGGUGUCACCACAACCAACUUUCUACUUAGGCUUCUUAGAACUGCUAUGAUUUUGCAUGCUAGUCCAUCAUGUAGGGAAAGUUUGGAGAAAAAAAUAGGCAGUCAAUUGGAUCAAGCUUUGCUUGUUGAUCUGCUCAUACCUAACAUGGGAUAUACAGUGGAAACUCUUUACGAUAUCGAUUGCAUUCAGAGAAUUCUGGACCAUUUUAUGUCGAUAUACCAUGCUCCAAUUGCAUCUUCUCCUUGCAUAAUUGAGGAGGGACAGAUGGUCAGCGGAACGGAUACACUGACCCCGAUGACAAUGGUGGCCAAUCUAGUGGAUGGAUAUCUUGCAGAGGUAGCUCCCGAUGUGAACCUGAAGUUGCCCAAAUUUCAGGCCCUUGCGGCUGCGAUCCCUGAUUAUGCCAGGCCAUUAGAUGAUGGAAUUUAUCAUGCCAUUGAUGUGUACCUAAAAGCCCAUCCUUGGCUUUCAGAUUCAGAAAGGGAGCAACUAUGUAGAUUGAUGAAUUGCCAGAAGCUAUCAUUAGAAGCCAGUACACACGCAGCGCAAAAUGAGAGGCUACCUCUUCGAGUAAUCGUCCAAGUUCUGUUCUUUGAGCAGCUUCGACUACGAACAUCAAUAUCAGGUUGGUUUUUUGUUUCUGAGAAUCUGGAGAACUCACAACAUCCGAAUGGAAACCUUGGACUUCCAAAGAAUGAUUGUACAAAGGCAAUGGAGGAGGGUCGUGCAGACGAGGGUGGUGGUGGAAAGGAUGUAAAAGAGAGAGUUUCAGAGCUUGAAAGAGAGUGUUUAGGGAUGAAAAUGGAGCUUGAGAAGUUGGUUAAGACAAAGAAAAGUUGGAGUCUUAUUCCAAAGAAACUUGGUUUUGGAAGAAAAUCACAGCCUUGCAUCCCAAAGCCAGAUGAUAUAAUGGAACAAACAACCUCCGUCAGUGCUCCACAGAAUAAUGAAAAUGGUGAUUUGGGUCAACGAGUAGUUGCAUAGAUGCAUCAAAUUUAAUGAGUCUUCAGUGUAGAAUACUUUUGGUCCAACUUUUAUUAUUAUUAAUUUUUUAAAAAAGUAUGUGUUUGGUUGUAAAUUUAUUGAUUAAAGUGUUUAAAGUGUAAUAAUAUGAUUAUAAAUCAUAUAAUGAAUGGCAGUUGAGUUAGUGAC